AUGGCGUAUUUUUGCUUACACAAGGACGCCCACCUAAACGUGUUGGCGGAAAUGGGACCACUGGAGGAGUCUCUAAAGGAGAUUCAAGCCGCACACUCAGCAGUCAUUGCUCCCGAGUCUUCCACAUCCACCGGUGCCGAUGGUACCUUCCGUCUGCGCUCCACUCCCUUUGUCAAGGCUGGUGGUGCCUCUGUGGCGGCUUCGCAAAACUCUGGCUCCACCACCUCCACCAAUGGCAAUCUUCUCUUGGACGCAACCAUCGCUACCGGCCCUGCUGCACUCUCCUUCGCCGUCGCUCAGGCGCCUUCCACGCUGAGCAUCACCUCAACAUCCACGAAUGGAGGUGAAGGCGGGGGUCUCUUCGGACACACUGAUUCCGUCGCCACACUGCACUCACCGGAUGCUGAUGGAGUCUCGCGAAUGCAUCCUCCACCAAUGAUGCCUCCACAACCGGCUUCCGCCGGUCUUGGAUGUGCUGGCAGUCCUGGAACGGCUGAGUCGCUGUUGAAUGGUGGUGGUGGUAGUGUUAUGGGAGGGGACGUAUUGAGCCUUUUCGAUCACAAUCAGUCCAUCUCCGGUGCUCCGACACUCCACUCCGCCUCCUCCUCCUCCUCCCUCGGUCUCCUCCCCAUCAACUGUGAUGUAGUCUCCGCUCUCGGGUCCGUAGCGGACUCGGGCUCAUCGAACGCUCUGGGCGAGAUGAACACAGACGGUGGUCCACUUCAAACCGCCAUGCUAAACAACAACGCGGAGGACGAUGACGAAGAAGAGGAAGAGGAGGAAGACGGCGGAACCACAGAGGGUUGUCUCACUGAGGACGACGAAAAUGACGAAACUCUGGAGGCUGGCUUGCAGUCUGAGAAGUCUUCUUCUGUUGCUGCAGCUACUGCCUCGGCUUCUGCUACAUCUGCGGCUGCUACGAUGGAAAAAUCAGUACUUUAUCCCAAUCAGGCCCUGCCCCCUCCGGUGUACACGAACAUCAGCAAGCUGCAGGCAGCGGCCCAAAGGAGCGUUGGAGGGGCUCCCAAGGAUUCCUCCUCCGCCGCCCCCGAUGAUCCACGACGAGCCGAGACUCCCCCUCUUGCCAGUCCCACUCAUUCCCUCUACGACAACCAACCAGAGGGAAUGCGGGUCUCCCUUGUUCGAUGCUGCGGCUUCGUUGUAGAGCCUCCAACCACAUGCGGUGCUCGUCAAAAGUAUCCUCUCAAUAUGACUUGCUUGAAUAAUACUUGCAUUUUCAUCUCUCCAGCCCUUCGUAAAGGUGUCCCCAUAGCAACCCAUUCACCACAGUCAGUCAACCAAGGGAAAGGCAUGAUGAAUGCGUCCAGUUAUGUGCUAUUCUCUCACCACAUGGGCUCCUAUAUCCCACCUGAAGCUCUCAGAACGGAUGACCUUAUAACUUCGCCCUGCACUUCCCCUAAGGACGAUAUGUUAGGUUAUUCCAUUGGUCACUCAGAGAAAAUUCUUCACUUGGCUCUUCUCCUCUGA